CUUACAAUAUGAAAGGAUUUUUUAUUAUUUUAACAAUUCUGCUAAAUACCAUAAACUCAACUGUUCUUGGAGGAACGAUAUUUAUCGACACUGCAAUAAUAUAUGAUCAAUAUUAUGAAAGUUCGUUACCAAGUUUCAGGAAGGCGAUCGACAAUUCGGAUUUAGAAGUUAAUCUUAUUCUGUUUGACCAGAGAACGAUGACCAAUAUAGUAGGUGAAGUAAAUCAAGCAAAAGUCUCAAGCCUCUUCAUAAUGACUCAACUAAUCAACUGCACUGCGAUGGUUGAAUUAAAGAAAGCUGUCACUGUUUUUUUCAUAGGAAUGAUGCGGGAUCACUGCGACCCAUUUGACGACUACUUGAUGUACAUGUAUCCAUCUCAUUAUGACGUCAUGAGAGCGAUGUAUGACGGAAUUGCACAAUAUGACUGGAAAACUGCAGCAGUUUUUUAUGAUGGUUCCGAAGAUUUGGCAUUUGGUUAUCAAGACUUGGACGUUGCAAGACAACGAGGACUUAACUUACAAGUGUAUGUUAUACCAGAAAAUGAAGAUGCAACGUGGGAUAUUCUGAAGUCUGUUCGACUCCUUGGAUACAGAACGUACAUAUUGCUUUGCGAUUACAAACUUGCUGCGUCAGUCAUGACAAAAGCUGUCUUUCUGUCUAUGGUCAGUGAAGUGAAUCAUUGGAUUGUUCCAAAUAUGGAAACACACCCGUUUCUUCUGCAAGAUUUCUUAGAAUCUAGUGUCAGAUUGACUCUACUUAGUGCACAAACGAUCCGAAAAGUUCUUGAAUAUCAUUUUAAUCUUGGUUCACCGGAAAGAGUUGCAAGAGAUGCGGUUAUAACAGCUAUUACUACGGAUUCUCUAAAUCUGAUGAAAAGGUCAUGUAACAAUGCAAUUGUUGAAGAUUGCUUUGCAAUUCCAUUAUCUGACAACAAACAAUGUGGGAUAGACCAGGGUGCAAAAAGCGUCGAAAUUUCUCAAAAUUUUUAUUCGAUAGGAACAUGCACCGAGAUAUAUAUGAGAUGGUUGCAUGAUCAUGGACCUACACGAAUUCAAUAUUUUGAACAUCAUCUCGGCAAUCCAAAAGGCAACGUGAGCUUUGUAGGAUACUGGAAGUAUGGAUUCGAGCCUAAAUAUGUUCCGUUCGUUCAAGCAGCGAUUGUUUUUCCAGAAGAACCUCUCGUUGUUGGAAUAGUUUAUGAUCCGCCUUGGGUAAAAUGGCACGUAAACGAAAAUACCAAUGAAACUACGUACGAAGGCUUUCUCAUGGAUUUGUUGGUAACCUUGUCUUCGCAGUUAAAUUUCAAAUAUAGACUGGAAUACAACGAUAUAUUGAACUCACCCGAACACAGACCCAAUGGCUCGAAUGUGGAUGACGAAGUAAAUAGAAUGCUGAAGAAAAAACAGGUUGACUUUUUUCUUCAGAAGAGGCCAAUUCAUGGAGGAAAACUAGAAACCGAAGAACUAUCCGUAUCGUUUCAGCAAGUAUACCAUUUCAUGGUGACUCUAUCGUCAGGGAACGAAGCACCAGUUAACAUCUGGCAGUUUCUUGCACCGUUUACACUAGACUCGUGGAUUGUGUUGUGGGCAUCACUUGUUUUCGUUAGUGUGGUGUUGGCCCUCGUAAACCAGUUUAAUCCGUUUGAAUGGAGAAAGCAAGCACUUGAUGAAACCAACGAAGAUGUUGACGUGGAGAACUUCAACAAAUUAGGCAUUGGGAAUAGCAUUUGGAUGGCAUACGCAGGUAUUGUUGGCCAAGGAGUGGACGUUGAGCCAUUAUCGUAUGCCGGUAGAAUAAUCACUGGAACGUGGUGGUAUUUCACAAUGUUGGUAAUUGCUGCUUACACUGCGAAUCUAACAGCAUUUCUAACACAGGAAUUUGCAGGAGAUAUUAGUAACCUGGAGAACCUUCUUGAACAGGUGCAUUACUCGUACGGAGUUUUAGCAGAUUCUGACAUAAACCAAUACUUCCUGCCCCAUGCCACGUCAGAACCUUAUACAACGGUAUGGAAUUACUUGCAAGAAAAUCCUGAAAAUGUUUUCAAUUCCACAGAAGAAAUACUAAAGCGAGUAUCUGAAAAAGGAUUUUAUUUCCUUGCUCCUUUUGGCGAAGUGGCGAACGUGGAACAAAGCGGUUGCGAUUACGCUAGAGUCGGAGAAGGUUUCUGGGAAUAUCAGUAUGGUCUUCCAUUUCAAUUGCUAUCAAAAUAUACCCCAGUUUUCAAUGACGCUAUUGCUUCGCUCAGAGACGAUGGAACUCUACAAGAACUGGAAUCAAAGUGGUUCAAUUUCAGGGGAGAAUGCAAAGAAGCGACAUUUGAUAUUGAAGCAAAUCGACUUGGAAUCGGAAAUCUAGGAGGAAUGUUUAUAUUUCUUGUUUUGGGAUCCCUUAUCUCGAUACUGGUGCACAUCGGAGAGAUUUUGUGGUCAAAACGAUAUAGGAUACGUCAUUUCCGAGACAGAAGUGAAAAGAAGGAAAAGAAAGACGAUCCUGUCAGUGAAAUGAAGAGACAACGAGAGAGAGAUAGAAAAGAACUUGAUGAUAAAAUAGAAGAAUGGGAAGGAGGUUUUGAUUACUGGAUGAACAGAAUGGACCACAUAAAUAAAACUCUCAAAAGCAUUGACGAUCAAAAUAAACGACACGUGAGGCAAAUUCGUGGAGAACAUGUGUUUGAUUCAGACGAGGAAAAUGUAGCAGAAAACUUUUCUUGGUGGACGAAAGCGUUCCAAACGGCAUUUGGGAUAGCGCCAGCGGACCAGUCAACAGAUGGCGCUGCAGAGCAAGAAAAUGAAGAGUAUCCACCGGAAAAGGUUGCUAACGACGAUGGAGAGCCACCUGAAUCUGUUACCAAACGGAACACCUACUACGAUAUUGGAACAGGAAUAAAAGAUGAGAACAGACUGCAACAAGAAUUCGCCGAAAACGACCUUCCUCUCCCCGUACCCGAACAGUUUUUUGAUGAAGAUAGUUCAACGUCACAGACUCCGCCUCCCAGUGCGUUCACAGACACACCUACUCCUAGUGAAGUUAAAGCCAAGAAAAUCAAGAAAAUGUUGAGUUUUUCUCAACGUAAAAAGGCCAAAAAAUAUCAAAGAUAUUAAUAAGUUUCCGUAGUAUAUAUAUUGUGUAGCAAUACAAUAUGUAAAAUUAAAGAUAUCGUGUAUUCUUUCAUGCUAUUUUGAAUAUGAGUGCUGGUAUGCAUCAUUAUGAUUCGUUAUUCGCGUUUCGUCAAUAUACCUACACUUGACGGAUAUUUAGUUUGCUUCACUUUCUACAUAUAUCUUCUUAUAUUUUCAAUAUACACUGAAAUGAUGCCCUAGCUUAGUUUCACGAUCACAAAUGUAAAUCCAUAACAAUCAUUUAUUGUGCGAAACUUAGUCUAUUUUUGAACCAUAACUUAAAAAUUGUCCAUUUUCAUUACGAAUACACAAUAUAGUGGAUAGCUCGAGGUUACAAUUUUAUUUGGUUAUAUAAAACAAUGAACACAAUCAUGUUGAAUCAAAAGUUUGUUAAUCGAUUCUAUGUGAAGCAUUGGCGACUUUCUCCUCGGCGAGACAGUUACUAGUAAAAAUGUCUGGUGACUUUUCGACCUUUUCCCGGCCAGUCUUAAACAUAAAGUAAACAGUCCGCAAUCCAGCGAAUCAGAAAGUAGGUUAAUGGCUAUGUGUAUAUCCCUUCAAGUGAAUAGAAUCAAUGAAAGCCCAAUGGCUAAAUCAACAUUUUAUAACUGCGUCUGAGAUUUACGCUAGAGUAAGGUCCAAAAUGAAGUGGCACACCUACGUCAUAAUGAACCACAAUAAAUAUGCAUAAACCAGUUUACAGAUUGAGGCUACUCUGUUGAACCAUAUUUUCAAUUAUGUAACGGUUUCGUAUCUCUUUACAAUAUAGUUACAAUGUACUAUUUUCUACGGAGAGUAAGUAUCCGGAAAAAUACAAAUAAAAAAAGAAAACUGU